AAUAUAUACUAUGUAUAUCAGUAUGAAAGUCAAUCAAAUAAAUAUAUGAAAAAGUAUGUACCCGAAAAUGUCGAAAUGUCAAAAUAAUCCAUUUGAUUCGGCGCAGCUUUUAAUUCGCUGCGCUUUUAGUGAAGACUUGAGCGAUUGAGCCCCAAUUGAGUACCAGAUAUUCUAUACCGAUGUGACUAUAAACAUAUAAAUAUACAUAUAUGUAUGGUCCAACAAUUGUACAUACAUAUUUAUACUCGCACUUUUUUUAAGGCCCUGCAUACGCCAUUGAUGUAAUGGUGAUGAUAUAAAAUCAGCGGAGAAAAAAAAAUCUGCAAUGACAAAAUUAAAAUGCGAAAAGUAAAUAAGAAAACAAACAAAUUUAAAUAAAGUGUGGCGAAUUAAAGAGCAAUUAAUGUAUCUAUAUGAAGAUGGUCAAUUAAGCACCAAAAGAUAAAUUAAAAAAAUAAAUUAAAAAAAAAAAAAAUAAAAAUAAAAUAAAACGCAAAUUGUCGGCUCAGCGCGCUUCCUGAAUAUUGAGUUUAAGUGAUUUUUGGUGGAGUAAAAAGUGAAAUCAACGCCCAGCAAAAUGGAUUUGGCUUUAGAACGCGAUUGCACCUCUGCAUUGGGCAGUCUCUUCCAACAGAUCAUCAAUGAUUUGAAGAACACAUCGCCGCUCUGGGAGGACUUUGUUACGAAGGCCACGAAAUUGCACCAAUGUUUACGUGCCGCCAUUCAGGCAAUCGCCGCUUAUUUGGACGCCUUCCAAAAAAUCGCAGACGCAGCAACAAAUUCAAGAGGAGCUUCCAAAGAAAUUGGCACUGCGUUGACACGCGUCUGUCUGCGCCACAAGGCGGUCGAGUCGCGUCUGAAGACUUUUACAACAGCAAUAAUGGACUGUCUUGUACAGCCAUUGCAAGAAAAACUAGAAGACUGGAAGCGCACAGUGAUCACCAUCGACAAGGAGCAUGCCAAAGAGUAUAAACGAUGCCGCACCGAAUUGAAGAAACGUUCCAGUGACACGUUAAGACUGCAAAAGAAAGCACGCAAAGGUCAAUCGGACACUAUACAAACGCUAAUGGACUCCCACAAGCAAGAUGUGACUUUGCGUCGCGCUGAAUUGGAAGAGGUCGAGAAGAAAUCGUUGCGUUCGGCGAUGAUCGAGGAGCGCUUGCGUUAUUGCACUUUUGUACAUAUGCUACAACCGGUCGUGAAGGAGGAAUGCGAAGUGAUGUCUGAACUGGGUCAUUUACAGGAAGCAAUGGAUUCGAUUGCUAUUGUCACGAAGGAUCCCAGCGUUUUGCCGCAAACCUCCGAGGAGUUGAUACAGGAUACCAAAGCCACAAUGACACUAUACCCCGAAUCGCCAGGUGGCGGCUCGGGUUCACAAGGUGGUUGUUCCAAUUCGUUGGGUUCGCGCAAAAGUUCCGUUUGUUCCAUUAGCUCGAUGAAUAGCAGUGGCUCAAGCAACUCGCCAGGACAUCAUCACUAUCCACGUUCGCUAUCGCAGUUAAUUUCGCCUGCAAUACGCUUGAAACCUGGUGAAUCCAGUGAUAGUGGCUUUUGCUCAUCACCAGCGCUAACCACACAGGCUUCCACUGCCACUAGUCAAUCUCACGCUGUUUCCACUUGGCCACCACAUUCCCAGGAUGCCGUUCCUGUGUUGCCACCUGCCGCCGAUCGACCACACACCAUUUCAACCGCCUACGAGAAGGGUCAUCAACGACCACCGCUCACUGUUUAUACGUUCCAAAAUCCGGAAACCAUAUUGGAAGGCAAUGGCGGCAGCGGUAGUAUACCAGGCACGCCAAAUGGCACUGGAUCGGGCGCUAAUACGCCAUGUACACAAAAAUCUCCAGCUGGUGCGCUGAAUCGUCCUCCAUUGCCAGUGAAACCAACACGUGUGCGUUGCUCUUCGCUGGAACGCCCGCUUUCGGCCAAUAAUAAUCGCAGCACCAACAAUCUUCUGCAACGUCAAUGCCCAUCGCCCAUACCGGCUCAUAUAACAAAAGAGCUAUCAGCGCAUCAUGCACAGCAACAACACAUACAGCAACAGCAGCAGCAACAGCAACAACAGUUACAACAGCAAGCUCAACAGCAAUUACAGUCAUCUUCACCACCGCCCACCUAUGUCAAUAUGUCGGAGCUGGCCAAUAUGGCGGCAACAAAAAUACAAACCAACCAACAGCAGCAGCAGCAGCAACAACAGCGGCCAGUCGCUGCUUUGCAACAACAACACUCGAUCGAUUCGAUUUCCUCACAAUUUUCCAACGACUCGACUGCAUCGGGUCAGCAUUCAGCCCAACAACAGCAGCAAGGCGCGUUUGUCAACAACAAGGCACGUUCACAUUCCGCAUCCUCGUCGUCUGCAUCCUCCAACACGCCCUCAUUAUACUCGCAUCCCUCGAUAGAGUCCGGCACAGUGACCACACCACUCGUAGGGCAGACCCCAACACCAUCGAGCGGUAGCUCAACACCACAAAAUCAUUAUUCACCACUCUUGACCAAUUCGCCAUCAUCAACAGCGGCGGGUACACCAAGCGGCUGCAGUGUAGCGAGCGGCAUGUUGAGCGGUUUUGUUUGUAAUGUCAACUCACCAACACCACCACAGAGUGGCACAACAUCAAUCGAUAGUGAUGUGUUGAAGAUUACCGAGACUGAUGGCAAUCAACCCACUCAACUCGUAAAUGUAAUCACCAAUGAUGCCACCGUACAUCAACAACAACAACAGCAGCAACAGCAACAGCAUGUAAAUAAUAUCACUAACAAUGCUGCAAACAUAAACUCCCAAACCAAUCCCACCGCCGAAACACUCAACCAGACACCCCAUACAAAUGCCACCAAUUCAAAUUCAGCCGCGAUCGAUACAGAAUCCCCAACUAUUGUAGAGAAUGACGAACGUUCACGCGCUUCAGUUCUGCAGAAGGCUUCGAUGUUCGAGAAACAAGCAGCAGCCGCGGCAGCAUCCACUGCAGCAGUCGCGACCGGUCGUUCCACCAAUAGCGAAGCCAUAUACGGCACACGUCGGAAUCCGGAUGAGGUCUAUCGUUCAGCCAAUACAAGCUCCAGUGGCAAUCACUAUCAGCAACCGGCGCAGCAGCCAAACUCGGAGCAGCAAGAUGUCGAUAAAAGUUUUGAAGACUCGAUCCAAGAACUAAAUAAUUUAAUUGGCGAAUUAGACUCGUUUCAACGCGAGAUCGAUGCAAGCAAGCGUUCAACCACCACUGCACCAACAACAGCAGCAACAACACCCAAUGCUGACAAUUUUGGAGAGAAUUGUGGUGAUCGUCCCUUCCCGUUGACGAGUAGCAGCAGUGAGGCGAGCACAGGUGUCGGCGACUAUAAUGACGCGGGUUUACAAAAUACAAAUACCAACACAACUACUACGGUUAUAACAGUAGCGGAGAACAGCAUAGGCUCCACACCGCUUACUGUUAUGUGCCCUGCACGUCCACCGAAAUCGCCACAAUGUGCCAGCAAUCAAACGAGCGGCUGUGGUACGGAUCUCUCCGACGCUGCUUCCGAUGACAUUGCAGUCGAUGUGGGCUCUUUAUCGAGUAUAAAUAACAACAACAACAACAAGUCAAAAGAUGAUCAUUCUAACGAGCACCAUACCAGCCUUGGCAUUGGCAAUGGCAGUAACGGCGGUCGCACACUGCAGCAAUACAACUCGGAUUCGGAGCUGAGUCGUUGCUAUGUAAGCGAAACGAGUUCGCUGGCGGGCGGCUACGAGAACCCCACCUUCGCGCACUUCGCCACAGCAGUGUCCACAUCGUCGAUAGCCGCCUCUUCGGGCGUGGAUGAGCCCGCCGAUGUGGGCAGUGUUAUCGGCGAUGGCCGUUCGCUGAUGGCGGUAUCAUCGACAACGACGGCCGACGACUGCAUGUCGCAUACCUCCGAGACAUAUCCCAUGCAAUCACAAAAUGCCUACAACACUGACAAUGUCAGCGACGGUGGCAGUAAUGUAGUUGUAAUUUAUGAUCAUCAAAUACCCAUUACGCCGGAUAUCGACUAUGUCAAACAGAAUUCCGAGAUCGUUGUGCUGCGUACAAAGGAUCCCCUACAACAACAGUUGAGUCGACAGGAAAUGCGCGAGUUGACACAGUUACCGAACAGUUUGUGCGCGCCACUUGAAGGCUUGAGCGGUCCGGGCGCGGGCAUGAUGUCCGUACUGGCACUUUCGUCGUCGUCGUUGUCAUGUUCGGUGCCUACCUCGCCGCCGCACACCGCGACCGUAACGCCUGCCAAACAGCGACUCUCCUCAUUCCGCGCAUCCAGCGAACAACAAUUACAGCUGCUCGGCUGCGGAGACAACAACAAUAGCGGCAGUGAGCUGUCACUACUGCGUACGCCGCACCUCUACGCAAACGCAGGUACGCCCCAAGCGCAAGACGAGAGCAGACAGGGAGGUAGUAGAAGGGUGGCAACACCACCAAAUGCACACAACAGUCCAGAUACCAUAAUACGCCGCAAAGCAGCAAUACCACCUAAGCCGAGUUUGAGUAUUUUCAACGGCCCAACGGCCAGCAAUCUUUUAGAGGCUAAUAGCACGCGUAAGAGUAGUAGUAGUAUAAGUAGAGCUAGUUGUGAAACGGUCGGCGAGCGAUUGGCGGGUACGCCCACACCGCCGCCACCUCUUUUAACGAAGGCCAAUUUUAAGGCCGACUUAGAUGCGAAGAUUCGCAAGCAGAAGUUGAAGUUGCAAUUGCAGCGUGAACAGCAACAACAUCAAGAAUUGUUGCAACAAAGACAAAAACUGCUACAACAACAACAACAAUUACAACAACAGUCACCACAGUCAGUAGCCAACAACACCAAUAGUCCAAUAUACCGCAGCAGCAACGGUAACCACAAUAACCACAAUCAUAGCGACAGCAACACCAAGUCCAACAACACUACCAGCAGCGCCGGCAACCACACCAACAACACCAAUUCCAACUCUAGCAACAACAUUAACAAUAACUGUAAUGCAAUUAGUUUGAAUAAGCUCAGUUGUAGUACAGCAACAGCAACAACAACAACCACCACAAAAACUACAACUGCCUCCGCACCCGCAUCCGCAUCAAAUCAUUUGGCCGCAUCAUCCCAUCACAUAAUUGCAUCCGCAUCCGCAUCCGCAUCUGCCUCAUCCUCAUUUGCAGGGCCACAGCUUGUCUAUCAAAAUGGUACUAAAAGUAGUAGUAAUAGUAAUAAUAAUAAAAAUAAGAAUAGUAGUAGAUCAUCAUCAUCUGCAUUUCCUAAGGCAAUCAAACAAACCCAUUCUAAUCGUACACCUAAUUAUCAAUUUCAUGCGCUGAAAUCUCACAACAACAACAACAACAACAACACGCCCAACAUUGUAAACGCUAAAACACGCCCCAAACGCUCUGCCUCUACACCAAUGUCAUCAUCAUCAUCAUCAUCAUCAAUACAAAAAUCAUCAAACGCUAUGCGUGCUCCAUCUCCAAUAACAUUAUCAUCUACGUCGUCAUUAUCACUUUGCUCGCCAACAACACACUCGUCGAUUGAUCGUCGGCGCAAAUAUCCACAAUCACCACGGUUGCAAACGUCAAUGGCUGGCCAACAAAACCAAACACAAAACCAUCAUUCAUCAUCGUCAUCAACGUCCUCACCAUCAUCCCCAUCAUCAGUGUCAGUCUCUUCCUGUGCCUAUGCGUGUUCUUCUACUUGUGCGUCCACAGCAUCACCACCACAACCACCUCCCAUCCACACCAAACAAUCAGCAUCAGCUGCUGCCUCGGUCUCGACUGCAUCCGCAUCUGCAUCCAAUUCCAACAUAAAUUCCGCCAUCGCCAAACCGAACAUCACACCGAGACCGGCUUCGUUGUCGGGAGGCGUAACACGCAUAGCGCGACGCUCAUCAGUAAAUUCGGCUAAGCCACCACCGCCAGUACGUCGCAGCUCAUCGGUGACGCCGAGUCACAAUGCCACAAGCGCUGGGGCUACACAAUCUCCCCAACACCUGCAUCAUCAAUCGCAGCAGCAACAACAACAACAACAACAACAACAACAAUAUACCCAUCAAUAUCAACACCACCAACAACAUGACAUUCAGCAGGCCGUCCCUCAUCAUCAACAACAACAUCCACCACCACCACCACCACUGCAAACAUCAACAACAACAACCACAACAACACAAGAUUCCCAAUAUGAAACUGUUGAUUGCUUGCCACCACCACCCGCUUAUCUGCUAGAUUCAAGACAAGCUCAAUCGACAUCAACGCCACCACCACCACCACCAACGGCUGUUUUAACAUCGGUUAUGCCCAGCUCAUCGUUGAAAGUUGCCGAAACGGUAAAGGCUUUAUCGGCUAUGCGUCACAAGCCCGCCUCACCGAAUGCCAUACGGCAUAUGCAACAUCAACACCAACUCCAACAACAACAGUCGCUGCAGCAUUCACAAACACCUACACCAAUACCACCACCGUCACCACCAAUACAACAACAACAAUCACAGAAUAUUUACUCAACUACCGUUAAGACAUUUUCCUCUACUGCUUUGUUGCUGCCCGACUCCACCGCCUCCUUGGAUGGCGAGCAGUCCCUCCACUACGAUGCUUAUUCGUACUACAAUCCUUAUAUGGAGGUUAGAACCCAACUGACCACCUCAGCUAAAAUGCCGCUUACUAAUGCUAAUAAUGCUGUUGCUUAUCAAACUAUGCCAAUAACAACAACAACAACACCUAUUUAUUACUAUGAUGAUGUUGCCCAUCAGAAUACGCCGCCGAUGCCAGUGAAAUCACACCAGCAACAACAACAGCAGCAACAUCACUUACAACUGCCAAUUGCAGCACUACAGGACACAUAUGGUGGCAGUAACAGUGGUACGCCACGUUGUUUAACCAUUAGGGCUGCUGCCAUCACCGGUCAGCCGGUGUCACCGUCAUACACCUCACCGCCACCUUAUGAUUUCCAACAUAGUAAAAUAGAGUUGCCACCUCCAUUACCGCCACCCAAUCCCAAUCAGCAGCGUUCACUUAAACAACAACAACAACAACAGCAGCAGCAGCUGCAGCAGCAACAAAGACAGUUUGCUGAAAACCAACAACACACGGCACAAGCCACAAACACAAGCACACAAUAUCAACAGCAACAACAAAAACAACAGCAACAGCAACACCAACAACAAGAACAGCUUUACGAUUAUCUACCGUCACAUCAACCCAUUCACUCCCCCAAGCAGCAGCGACAGCAACAACAACAGCGUUUAGAUGCUCUUGCCGCCGAUCAUGAAGACGACGCGUCCGUCUACAGUGACAACGCCUCAUUCCGCACAUCAUCGCCUGGCAUUUAUGCGCAGCCGAAAGCAGUACCAAGCAUGUCGAGCUUCCGUUCGGCCAGUCCGGCGACGAAUGAUCAUCAUAGCCAGCACCAUCAUGUUAUACCACCAACGCAGCCGAAAACCAAUCCGAACUUAAUUGCACAGUUGAACGCGCGUCUGAGCAAACAAAAUCAACACCAACAGCUACAGCAGCAGCAGCAGCAUACAACAAAUGAAGGCAUUUAUGGCUCAACACCGAAUUCACCAAGUCAUCACAACUUGCCACACCAGCAUCAGCAUCAUCAAAGCGAGCCCGUCUACAUGAGGAACUACUCACAUCCACAUCAACAGCAGCAGCAGCAGCAACAUCAAGUCGCCGCCAGUGGCUCAAUGCAUCAGCAGCAAAACUAUGACGCUGCACAAAUAUCUAAGCAUCAGCCACCGACUUACGCACACUCCGCCGCUGGUGGCACGACUAGACAUUAUAUUGCACCAACACCCAUGCAGCAGCCGCAGCAUCAUCGCGAGUCACAUCACAGCUGCCCGCCGCCGCUUGAAAAUCCACCACCACCGCCCACCAAUUCAUCCAUUUAUGCUGCCACUGCCACGGCGACCAUGCCCAAGAACGCUACACGCGCGAGCUUAGGCGGAGGUGGUGUGGGAGGCGCCACCUACGCUCCGCCUACAUCCACCAUGACUUUGCCUAAGAAUCUUGCACAACAGCGUUUACAGCAGCAACAACACUAUCAGCAGCAGCAACAGCAACAACACUACCAACAGCAACAAUAUCAACACUCUACCGCCACCGCCGGCAACGUAGCUGCUCAACAGCAGCAGUAUGCCCAGACGGCUACUGCUAGUCAGCGCGCGCAAAUACCAUUGCCACAUCAGCAACAACAGCAACAGCAACAACAACAACUAUCCUACAAACAAAAGUCGGCCACACUGCAGAGCAAUCACCGCCAGCCGCCGGUGCCCUCGCGCCACUCCAGCGUGCAGCAGAAGAUCUUUGUGGCCACGAAUCCCUUCAUUCAAACCACCACCAUCCACUGCCACUCGCCCGCUUCGGUGCACUCACAGCCGGCCUCGCCCACCUGUUCGUCGCCGUCGUCGUCGUCGCUGGCCAGCAUUUACGGCACCAGCUCGCGCAGUCAUCACCAUCAUCAGCUACAACAACAACACCAACAACAGCAGCAGCUGCAACAUCAUGCCGGCGGCGGCAACGCAGCAGGCAACGGCUACUAUGCCGCCCCGCACAAUUCAACAGCGAGUUACGCCAGCUCAAAUAUUGAGAAAGCCGGCAGUAUUCGUUCGAAAACCAAAGCGGAAUUUCUCGAAAAUCUCAAUGCGAAGCUAGCCAAACAGGGUCUAUCCGGUCGUGCGUUCGCUGUGCGCAAUUUAAUCAAUAGCAAAGCAUUGCCCGAUCCUCGCAUUUGCCACGAAUCAUUGAUGGAUCAAAUCAAACGUGGCGCUACGCUGAAACGCAACCAGAAAAUAAAUGAUCGCAGUGCACCGAAAAUACAUUAAAACAACAAAUAAAAGAAAAGCAAUAGCUUAGAUGAAAAAGAGGCUGCUGCAGUACGGCAAAACACCAAACCUUAAGCUACUAAAUAAACUCAAUAUACAAAGCAAAAGAAUGCGACAAUUCAAGAGUUCUACGUUUCUUUCAUGAUUUUUGGUUUUUUUUUUGUUUUUUCUUUUGGUGAGCGCUUUGAGGCCCAACAAAACCAAUUUUUAGACUGUUCUUGUCGACGCUAUUGAGGAAAUACGAAUAAUAAAUUAUUAAUAAGCGUACAUACUUACACAAUUUUAAGUACAUAUACAUAUAUUAUAUAUAAAUACACAUAAAUAUGCAUAUAAACAUUUAAAUAACACAUAUUGCAGUUAGUUUUAAGUGAAGAGAAAUAAAACGAAUCUAAAAUAUAAUUUAAAGAGAAGAAAAGAAAAGAAAGAAAAAAAGAAAAACAAAGGAA